GCGACGAGCGGCGGCUGAUGCACAGCGGCUGCGCGCAGGUCAGCCUCCGCAGCCGCGACGGCGCGUGCCUCACGCUCGUGUCAGGCGCGCAGGGCAGCAGCGGCGGCGGCAGCGGCAGCGCCGAAGACGCAGCGCCGGGCGCGCUGCAGCGGCUCGUGCGGUUCGAGGGGCUGCGGCUGCCUGGUACGGGCAGCGGCCGCAGUACGGCGGCAGCGGGCGCCGCCGAUGGGGCCCCGGCACCAGGCAGCAGCGCCUGGAGCGCGGGUGUGGUGGGGGCGGCCCCGCUGGGGGACGCGUUUGUCGCGUCGGCGUGGGCGGAGGGCCGACGGAGGUGCGGCGCGGGCGCAGGCGCGCGCCGCGGCGCCGAUUUCGGCUGGGGCGUGGGGCUACACAGCCAGCCGGACGCGGGGGGUUCUGCGGUGGGCCUUGUGCUCGCGCGCCCUGCAAGCAGCGGCGGCGGCGGCGGCAGCAGCGGCGGCGGCAGCGGGGCGGCUCCGCUGCUGUGCGAGCUGUCCUGGCGGCUGCCGCUGGCGGACGGCCUGGAGCUGUCGCCCGGCGCGAUGGUCGUGCGCGCGGCGGGCGCGGGCACUGCAACGGCGUUGCGUAUUGGUGCAAGCUGGCGGUUUUGA